AUGGAAGACUGCUCGUAUUGUUUGCUGAGGGGCCUCGAGCUGACAGGCCCCUUCAUUGGAAAGAAUGUGUCAAAUGCUUUACCUGGGUCUCAUAUCUUCACGCUCACCGUAAAAGCCAUACUAGUGACAAACCUUACAGGUGUGAAGGAUGUGGCAAAUGCUUUACCCAGGUCUCAAGUCUUCACUCCCAUCCCAGAAUCCAUACUGGUGAAAAGCCUUAGAUGUGAAGAAUGUGGAAAAUCCUUUUCUCUUAUCUCAGCUCUUCAAACUCACCUUAGAAUCCAUACUGCGGACAAAUCUUACAGUUGUGAAGAAUGUGGUAAAUGCUUUACCAAGGUAUCAAAUCUUCACUCUCACCACAGAGUCCACAUUGGUGAAAAGCCUUACAGUUGUGAAGAAUGUGGCAAGUCCUUUACCUGGCCCUCAAAUCUUUAUGUUCAUCACAGAAUCCACACUGGUGAGAAACCUUCCAAAUGUAAAAGAAUGUAG